AUGCCCGUCGCCUUCCCGACCCCGAGGCUGCUCCCCGCCACCUCGACGUCGUCGCCCAGGGCCUCGCCGCCCCGUCCGCGACCGCGCCGUUGCCGGAUCCUGCUGGACUGCCUCGUCCCCGCCACUCGCGCCCCCGCCUCCUCACCGGCUCGGCUACAUCGAGCCUCGCCGAUGUACACCUGCAACGGGGGUGAGAACCCCAUCUUUCCCCCUCCCUCUGUGUCACGCGUCACCUGGUGCUCGUGCCCGCAUCCCUGCUGCGCCCCGGUCCCGCCCUCGCGCAUGCCGCUCCUGCCCGGGACGCGUUCAGGCGAACCCUCCCGCGCCCCCUGCAUACGCGCGCGCGACGCGCACCGCUGCCCUGUCUGCCGUGGCCGCCUCUGCUCGCCCACGCCCUCCCUUGCCUUCCCGGCUGCACGCCACGCCUGUCAGGGCCCCGGUCUAGCCCUGCACCGCGCCGCCCGCGUAACCCUGCUCCCGUGCGCAGCCGGACGUGCUCGUCCGCCGCUGCUUGCGCAUGCGGCCGUCGCGCCUCGCCCGUCCGCCCGCUCUGCCCGCGUGAUGUACCCCACCACUCCCCGCACCCACCUCCGCAGCCCGCUGCUGCCCCGCGCCCCGGCGCCACCCUGCCGUGGGCUAUCCACUGCCGCCUCCGACGGCCGGCCUCGCCGCGCCCGUGACUGGCGCCCCCCCCUCGGUCUGUCGAUCUGGGCGCAAGCGCCUCUUUAG